GUUUUAGGACACAUUUGUUAGAUUAUGUAUUAUACAGGCCAUGCUUAUACAGAGUCAUACUGUGGUUAGCGUGGCUCCAAAGUUUCCAAAACACAUUAUGCCACAUUUUAUUUAUUGGUAGGCCUAUAUGUGAAACAAACAUGAAUCGUUUUUAAUAUUCAUGCAUAUAUUGUUAGUGUAUGGGUAUUAUUUGAUGUCAAUAUGAACCUGACUUUAGGUCAGAGGAUUAAACUGCAUGUAAUGGAAUGUGAGCAGAGGUUAAUUACAAGCUGUCUUGAUCAGAUUUCAAGAGUGACGUGCCUUGCUAACAAAAAUGUCCCCAAAUGCCCAGACUAAAGACUUUAUUGAUAGUUACCACUUAAGUUUAAUACUUUAUUUUAAGAUCCUCAUGAUACAUGUAAUAACUAGUAACAGUAAAUUACACAGGUUGAAGGUUCUUUAUGGAACCAUACAACCUGACAAAGACCAUUUUAGGAACCUUUGAGUAUGGGGAUUAGAACAAUAGAUGGUCUCCACCAUGAAAAAAACAAACAUGUGUAUGUGUUUGCAUGUAAAAUAAUCUUUCUUUUCACAUAACUUUUCAGUGGAGCCCUUUCAUCUCGUUUCUUCAUGUUGCUUUUUCUCUCCCUCAUGGCUCACGGGGCUCAACAUGGAGCAAGAGGGUGUUGAAGGAAAGGGAGGGAAUGGGGGAGGUGGGCAGCGGAGAGGAGAACAGAUAAGAAUGUGUGUCAGUCAGUAAAAGCCGAGUGGGGAUGAACUCAUCACAUUUAAACUGCAGUGCUGGACCAGUAGAGAAGAUACAACAAAACAAACAAAAAGAGGAAAAUGAAGAGUUUGGCCAAACUUCAGAGCAACACAGAUCAGCUGCUGACAUCUUUAUCAAACACUCUUCCAUCACUCACUUUAAGUAACCAGCACUGGAUUGAAGAGAGCACUGAAGGGCAUCUUUUACUGGAAGACAAACAGACUUGUUCAAAGAAGAGUGCAGAAUGGGAAAGGAGAGAACAAAGCAGGAGCUCUGCAAGAUGCAAACACAUACCUGAGGGCAAAGAACCGUACACAUUGACUGAACUCAGUGAUGUUUCCUUACAAUCCAGUUCACCUUCAACUGCUGACUCCAGUGAUGACCUCUCUCCAAACUCACCCCCUCUCUCCACCGAACGGCCCUCCUCGGCUCCCCAUCGCUCUGUCAAGGCCCUCAAGAGAUGGCUGAGCAGCCCAGUACGACGGCUAAGUCUGGGAGGAGGUGGCAAAGGUCAAAGUUUAAAGAAUACGUUCCUCCCUCCCUCACCUUCACAUAGCCCACUGAGUCAACCAGUGAAGUCCAAAAAACUUCCCCGCCCUUAUAGAUCUUUGGACUGUGAAGAGCUUUCACGACCAAACUCGCCUGACAACAGCUAUUACCCCAGAUACUUAAAUGAUAUAUUGCAGUUUCAGAGGCAUCACGAAUGCAACUUGCUCCCUGGUGACAGUGAGUCGUCCGUUACUUCAGAGGAACAUGCACAAUCAAACGAUCCAGAGGUCCAAAAAACUGCCUUGGAGAAAAGCAUAUACGUAUUGAAUGAGCUGGUUGAGACAGAGAAGCUGUAUGUGGAAGAUCUCGGGCUUGUCGUGGAGGGUUAUAUGGCCACAAUGAAUACUAAUGGGGUGCCUGAGUAUUUGGAGGGAAAGGAUAAAAUUGUAUUUGGGAAUAUUCAUCAGAUCUAUGACUGGCACAAAGACUAUUUCCUUGGCGAGUUGGAGAAAUGCGUGUCUGAGCCUGAUCUUUUGGCUCAAUUGUUUAUCAAACAUGAGCGAAGGCUUAACAUGUAUGUGAUCUACUGUCAGAACAAGCCAAAGUCAGAGCACAUAGUUUCAGAAUAUAUUGAAACCUAUUUUGAGGAAAUGAGACAACAUCUGGGUCACAGACUGCAGUUAAAUGACUUGCUUAUCAAACCAGUUCAGAGAAUCAUGAAAUAUCAGCUACUGCUGAAGGACUUCUUGAAGUACUACACUAAAGCAGGCGGACGAACAGAAGAGCUUGUGAGGGCUGUGGAGGUGAUGUGUUUUGUUCCAAAGCGAUGUAAUGACAUGAUGAAUUUUGGAAGACUUCAAGGUUUCGAGGGUAAGCUGAGCUCACAAGGAAAGCUCUUGCAGCAGGACACCUUUACCUUAAUUGAGAAUGAGAACAGCAUUCUCUCCCGUCCCAAAGAGAGACGGGUCUUCCUCUUUGAGCAUCUUGUUAUCCUUAGUGAACCAAUCGACCGCAAGAAAGGCUUUUCCCUGCCGGGAUACAUCUAUAAAAACAGCAUCAAGGUCAGUUGUUUGGGCAUUGAGGAUUGUUGCCUAGACGACCCCUGUCGGAUGGUCUUGACAUCUCGUAAUGUUGAUGGAAGCAUGCACCGAUUUAUCCUUCAUGCAUCAUCUCCAGAAAUCAGAUUAUCCUGGGCAAAUGACAUCCUACAGAUUCUGGAAUCACAACGAAACUUCUUAAACGCCCUACAAUCUCCUAUUGAAUACCAGAGGCAAAAAAUCAAAUCUCGUAGCCUGGGAAAACCCAUGACAGCAGCACAGUCACUGCACUCCGAACUGCAACCCUACAGCUCCGGCUCCAUAGACCGUCAGCAUCUACCCAGCCUGCACUCCUGGAUUUCAUCACAACCCUCAUCACCUCAUUAAAUGCUUUGUGCCCACCUUGGUGGCAUCUUUUUCUGCUGAGCUGAAUAGUAUCCCACAUGUUCAGAAGACAGUUUUAAGAACAUGGUCCAUUUGGUCACAAUCACAGACUGAUUAAAUUUAUUUUAUUAUGAAUUAUUACAAAAUUGGAAAAAUUGUCAAAUAAUGGUCACUAGGCCUUUAAAGGGUUCUAAUAUGUACCAUUUGGGAUCAAUAUGUACCUCUGAGGGUGAUAUGUGCAUUACCUUCGGUGCAAAGGUACUUUUUGAAAGGGUA